UCAGAACGGCCAUUGUUGGCUGGUUACCAUUGGCGGCAGACUAUGUUGAAUCCCGCUGUGCGACUAUCGCACUGGUGUCAUUUUGCGGAUUCAUUAGCGGCGAAAUGCGUCAUAGAACCCUCUACGGCAGCAAACCAUAUAGCUCUGUAGCAGUGCUCUUCUACUCUAUUUAUAAUCGUUUCCCCGUCAGUUUUCAAUGGCCGGUCAACCGUUGUUAUAUAUACUCUUGAUUUAAACCAGUCUACUACAUCGAAAACGAAGAUACCAGACUUCUUUGUGGCAAAUGUAAGGUGGCGCUAGCGACGGUCGCGACUCUACCGCUCAAAGUCUGUCCGAGAUAGAUUAGAACGAAAUGAAAGGGAGAAACUCCUGCCGAAGUCAAGCUAUUCCAAUAGCCACGGGACAGUACGACAAUAGCGCACAUAUAAUCUUCGACAGAUAAAAUCAUUUGAUCUCGAGAUUAGUAUUGCUGCAAAAAUGCUAGCAAAUAAGCUUCGAGUGAUUCUGGGAGACCGCCCCGGCCGAUAUCGCGAUUGUCAUCAUUGCGCGCCAACGUAAACAUGAUUGCGUCGAUAUGCGUGUUCGAAAGUACAUUCUUUGCCCUCUGUUCCACUGCUUCUGUUGGUGCUUCUAUUACCGCGUAUUAUCGAGGGCACCCUUCGAAUCCCACAACGCGCAUUUCGACCCAUCUCCAGCGACUCUCAAUAGUGAAAACAUAAAUAAGGAGCUAUUACUAGUGGGUAGCGUUAUAUAAUAUUCGUUGCCUUUGUGGAAGCUCCGUGAACCGGGUUCAUUCCGUCGAGUUCGCUGACGAAGUUAGCGGUGUAAUCUCGGCAUUACGCGUCGACGUCCACUGUUGAAUAGAGCUCGGCUGUGGGCGAUUCAGCUAUAGUUGACUCUCUGCUGCUCCUCUGCAUCGCUUCGUCCGUUAGACUGUCCUAGUCCUUGUGUCCCUCAACCGUUCACUAUCGAUGUCCGGCUAGGCCAAUCUAGCGCUGAUAAAUUUUGCCCCGUUCGCUUAGUUUUCAUUGCCCUCAGUCGAACGGGGUGAACAAUUGACGUCCCUGCGGAACUGCGACGGCUGUGGAUCGCCAUCAAUGAACAGCCGACUCAACAACCGAGUUACGAGCUGAUUGCUUGCGGUCCAGGCCUUCUUAGCUGAAAUUGCCCAAAACAGAAGGAAAUGUGGUACGGCGCUCGUCGGAUUUUCACCUGUGGUCUAACGAUUUUUCCGUUUUUUGACAGUGAGAAGAGCGUCAUUAAAAGAAAGAGGGGCCUGAGGUGAAAAAGUUAACGAGAGCGAGAAGGAAAGAGCUGAACGCGACAGGGAGUCCGUGUUCCAUCGUAGCUGGCCAUUGCUACUGCUGUGCGCGCCAUUGUCGCGUAGCUGCCGGCAAGAGCGAUCGAAAGGUUCGAUUCAUUUAGCAGCGAGUCCUCAAAGAAGGCAUUAGGCCAGCGACAGCCAAGGAUAGGCAGGACCGUGGCAGUGAAAGUCUCGAUAUUUGACGUAGGUGAUCAUUGAACUGGAUCCUUGCUAAACGUUUAAAGCCAAGCUACUACUGGUGCUACUGUGACGCUGACUAGUAUUAGUAAUGACAUCGGCGCGCACUCGGAUGCAGCAAGUAUUUGUUAAUCUCUGCAAAUCAGUCAUACACAACUUGAACGGCGGCGGCCAGUGUUAAGCGAGCUCGAGCAGCAGCACAAAAAACGCAGAACGCCGAUUAGCUGUUGACUUAACAACGGCUACAACGAUACGUUUUGUUGGCAAGCGACCGUGCUACCGUAAAUGAUGAGAUACAUGGACAAUGGUGGACGGUCGUCUUCAGAUUCACAAUUUAGUGUUCAUAUUAUCUGCUGAUGCGUGCUUGUGAGGCGAUUUGGCUUAUUGUUAUCAAGAACAGCAACAGAUAUAUGCUGGUUACCGAAGGUAUUACCAUCAUGAAGUUUGCAGCAGUUCUAUUCGUCCUGUUGGCGAGCAGUUGCGUAAAAGCUCUUCUGGUAACUGCAGAAUUGAAAAAUAAUCAGCGACCAUUUUACGUAAUAGGUCACAUGGCUAACUCAGUAUCCACAAUGGAUUUGUUUCUCAAGGACGGAGCAAAUGCAGUGGAGCUAGAUGUCACGUUCGAAUCGAACGGAGCGGCUUGGUGGGUGUUUCAUGGUGUCCCGUGUGACUACUUUCGGGUAUGCCACGAGUCGACACAACUCGUUGAUUACCUCAGGGCAGCGUCAUCCCGAAACCUUUCUUUAAUCUUCCUUGAUUUAAAGUGCUCCAGGCUCAGCGAUAAAGCAAAGCGUUUCGGCGGUAUUGAUCUUGCUAGGAAGGUAACGGGACAUUUUUGGGAAAAGGGCGCCGAAGAGGUAAACGUUGUGCUUUCUAUUCCACACACAUCAGAUCAGGCCUUGUUAGAAGCUUUCAUUGAGGAGAUGCGUACGAUCAACGAGUCUCGAAUGGCCAAAGUUUCGUUUGAUGUAUCAGAGAAUCCGGACCUUAAUGCGGUCUUCAGAAUGUACCGCCAACUCAACGUGACAUCUGCUUGGCAAGGAGACGGAGUUACUAACUGGUUCGAGCCAUUUCGAAGCUUUACCCGCGUACGACAGGCUAUCGAUAUACGUGAUCGAGGCGAUAACGUAAUUAAAAAGGUUUAUCGGUGGACCGUGGAUUGGAAAGCCCGUAUGCGUCAGUUGAUCUACAUGGGUAUUGAUGGUGUUAUAACAAACAAACCCCACCGAACCGUUCAGGUAAUCCAAGAGACGAAGGGGGCUCGGGUCGCCAGACCGAAAGAUUCAAUAAACGAACUUUUCCUUAAAGAAUAAACAAGAACUACCAUAAAAUCGCUAUUUGUUCAAGUAUUCUUGCGGUAGAGGUAGCUGGGGUACUUUUCUUCCUGGUCUCUAGCCGAAUCGGCUGAAUCCAAAUGGAUCUUUUAAAAGAUCACAACACAAAACCACCAGUCGAACAAUGCAUAGUGUCCUGUUGUGACGUUCUGUUUUCGUUGUUCUCUUAUUGUACAUAUACUUCGAACGUCAGCUGUAGCGUGAAUUUGGAGAGGUUUCAAGAUGACCGAAAAUUAUACACAUAUUAUAUAUAGUAAUUAAAGCCAUGAGUAAGUUAUGGCUUAGUAACAAAUGAAUUGCGAUGCAGUUAUUUAUAGGCUUACAUAUAUAGUUAGUGUAUGUAUUGACUACAUUUUGAAUAGAACUAAAUAAAAUGAAGUCUGGAGUUCUAGUACGAAAAGUAAACAUUUAUUUA